AUGAACCAUGAUAAAAGAACCUUUAUAGUCUCUUUGUUACAUCAACAAUUGAUAUUACCAUUCAUUUCUACCAUCAUCCUGCCGUUAAUUGGAAUUCUUACCAUGUCAUUACCAGAAGGAUACACAAUUAGAAGAACCAAGAAAGAUGAUUUUUCUGGGGUUACAUCUGUGCUGAAAGUGCUAACGAUGGUUGGUGAUGUGAGCCAAGAUCAAUUCCAUUCACUAAUAGACCAUUGGGAUUCAGUCACGAUAGGAGAUAUACCUAUGUACAAUAGCACUGUGAUCGUUGACACAAAUGGGGAAGUUGUCGCCACAGGAAACGUGCUAGUCGAGAAAAAAGUUAUUCACGAAUGUGGGCUUGUUGGUCAUAUUGAAGACAUUGCAGUGAGAAAAGAUCAACAGGGGAAGAAAUUGGGAUUGAUAUUAAUUCAGUAUUUAUACAAAUUAGCUAACGAGUAUGGAUGCUAUAAAGUUAUUCUUGAUUGUGAUGAAAGUAAUGUUGGAUUCUAUGAGAAAUGUGGAUUGAAAAAAGCUGGUGUCGAAAUGCAAAUCAGAUUCGACAAAUGA